GACGUUUCCCCCGCCAUGAGUAGCCGAAGAAGCGAGAAGAUGAAUUGGGUGAUCCUGCCGUUGCAGCAGGAUCUGAGGGUGCGGGAGGUGCCGUUUGAAGUUCGCCUCCAGAUUGGCUAUGACAUAGCAGGGAAGCACCUGUCCUGCAUCUUCGAUCAGACACCUGACUUUGACUUCCACCGCAUGAAGGAGCCCUUCUAUUGUCUCUCUGUGCAGCUACGUCUGGCGAUGGGUCCCACGAAAGCAACUUUGUGUCUGCUGCGGACGGGCUUAGUCGAGCCGGCGUGGCUGGCGAUGUUUCACUCUAUCUCAGAGGAGUCGGAGCGCCGCUUAAUGCUGCAGCCCAUGCCUUCCUUGUCCUCAGAGAAUCUUUCCAGGGAUCAGGACCGAGAGACAGGCCCGGCCACAUACGGCCGACGGAGGAGCUCGCCCGCUGCCUUGAGCUUUGCGAAGGUUGAGGUGCCCAGCUUGCGGAACCUUCAACAGCGAAUCCGAGGCCCUAGAAAAGAGAAGGUGAAUUCCUGUUCAUCCGUUAGCGGCAUCAGUCCGUCGCACAUGAGUCAAUUGAGACGCGGAGAGACGGCGGGGUCGGCGCUCCUCACGGGCAGUCUUGCCUACAGUGUCGACUCUUCCCUUCCGGUGCAGACGAACAUGUUCGAUUUCGGCUCCGUGGAUGUGGAAAUACAGACUGAUCCAACGGGCGUAGACGCCUCCUCACAGACGCUCCAAAUCGGAGAAGCUCGAUGCAG